UCUGAGGAGGAGCUUUUCCAGGAAAAAAAAAAGGGGAAGUGUUGUUGGUCAGCUUGUCACUUCCAGAGACACAUGUGCAUAGACAUGUGAGGUUUUUGUUAAUUUUGAAAGUGAGGCCUAAAGAUGGCUAAGCUCCAGCAUCAGGUCAGCUUUGCCGAAGAAAUUGACUUCCAUGAACUGGAAUUUGAAAAGGUUGUUGGCAAAGGAUCCUUUGGUGUAGUGAGCAAGGCAAAAUGGAGAGGGAAGUACGUGGCUGUCAAGAUGAUAGAAUCAGAGGAAGAAAUCAAGGCAUUCAGGGUGGAGGUUCUGCAGCUUUCCCGCGUCUGUCACCCCAACAUUGUGACCCUCUACGGUGCUUGUACACACAACCCCGUCUGCCUGGUCAUGGAGUAUGCCGAGGGUGGAUCUCUGUAUAACAUCUUACACGGUGGCCCACCCCAGGCCAUCUACACAGCAGCCAAUGCAAUGAGCUGGGCUUUGCAGUGCGCCAAAGGAGUCGCUUACCUGCAUUCAAUGAAGCCUAGAGCUCUCAUACACAGAGACCUCAAGCCAGCAAACCUUCUGCUUAUGGCCGGCGGAACAGUACUCAAGAUCUGUGACUUUGGUACAGCCUGUGAUAUCCAAACAUACAUGACUAACAACAAGGGAAGUGCAGCGUGGAUGGCACCUGAGGUAUUUGAAGGGAGUAAUUACAGUGAGAAAUGUGACGUCUUCAGUUGGGGCAUCAUCUUGUGGGAGGUCAUCUCCAGGAGGAAACCCUUUGAUGAAAUAGGCGGGCCGGCAUUCCGCAUCAUGUGGGCGGUCCACCAAGGCACAAGACCGCCGAUGAUUCGUUCCAUUCCUAAACCCCUAGAGAAACUCAUGACAAGGUGUUGGGCUAAGGAACCUCGUCGUAGGCCGUCAAUGGAGGAAGUAGUUGGAGUCAUGUCUAAUCUCAUCAAGUACUUCCGUGGUUAUGACCAGCCACUGCGGUAUGAGACAACAGACACAGAAGCCAAUAAGCCGUCAUUUGGAGCUGUUGAAGGGGAACUACGCACACAGGACUCUACCUACUCAACAAACCAAACUACCAGCACAGCAACCAACAACACAACGAUACACAACACGGUCAUCAGUGCAGCUGAGAAUUCUGGCACACAGCAGCAACAAGAAGCACAGCGGCCAUCCACUGUGACCACUCAACUACUCAGACCAGAAGUGCCUGGCCGAAGGAGAAGUCCUGACUAUGAGCUGAAGAGACGUUCGGCUGACAUCCUGGCCUACACAGGAUCCAAAGAUGCAGAUGAAGGCGGCGAAACAGCUACUCCUAAACCUGCUAACCAUGGGUUUGUAUGGCCACUCUAUAAAACCCUACCAGAGACCACCACUGUCCACACCCAUCGUCGCUCUAAUUCCCAUGGCAAGAUCGAAGCUUUCACCGAUAUCCCCACCCAACUCCCCGACACUAUCCAACCCAAGCCGACCUCCCCGAUGACCGUCACACAACCCGUCUCCCCAACCAUCACCAUUUCCUCGGCACCCCGGCCAGUGCCCCCUCAGCGGCCCCAUUCCAGUCACCUUCCCCACUCGGUGACGGCCCCCAGCCACCUCAGUGCCUUUGACCCCUACAAGCAGCGCUCCAACUCUGAUGAUGGUACGUACCUGAGUUCCGAAGACCAGCUGUCGCUGGCCCGCCUGAACUCAAACAGUCUUUCCACUUCAGUCUUGUCCCAGAUCGGUAUCGACACUGGGGUCACGUCACAGACCAGACCAGGGGACCGUCCGCUGCGUAGCAUUUCACUGGAGCAAAAGCAUUCUGGUACAUUUGAAGAGGAAACGGUGAUACCGAUGGCCUACAUGACACUGGAUCAUCACCUUCAGCCCUUACUACCAAAUCCCAACUCAAGCGAGUCCCAGGAGAUCUUUGACAAGCAUCGGCAGGCGGCCCAGGAACUAGUCAGAGUGCAGACCGAGGUAGCUCUACUCCAUCAAAGGAAGAAAGAACUUGCAAAUGAGCUGGAUCAAGAUUGGAAGGACCAGCAAGCGAGCUUCAGGAUGGUUGAGGAACACAAUGAACUACUCAAAGAAAAGGAGAGCCUGCUUGAGGUUCACAAGAAUCUACGAGCCCAGUUGGACAUCAUCCGAGCCCAGGUGCAACGCAAACAAAAGAUGCAUAACACAAGAAGGCUGUAACCGGUACCCUGCCUGUCAAACAACUGGUGGAAACUAACACUGGUUAAUGCUGAAUAACAAACCAUGUUGUGUGCAUCUCAAUGUAUGGAAGAUCAGUGAAAGUUAUUGAUCAUGAAUUUGAUUGGAUGAGACAAGCGUAAUCGCUUCUCUGUAAAAAGAAAAAAAUUCAGUUUUCUUUUCUUUAGAUAAAUUUGCUCUUGGCUGCAGUUUAAAAUUUUUUCACUAGCAGUUUAUGAGUAGCUUUUCAUUUUUUGUCCAUAAGUUGCUGAAAUAUAAAGUGCUUAAAACAUCUCUUUUGUAUGUCCAGCAUUAAGGAUCUGUUCAGGGAAUGUGGCAAAGCAUAUUAAUCUGAUACAAGUUUGCAAUGAGAAUUUAUGUGAAGUUAGCAGUAGAUCCAGAAUUUAUUGUAACUUUAUUACACGGGUAAUGAAACAUUUCUGGUCAUGAAACCAAAAAUUCUUCAAAAGUGCACUCUUUGCACUGUAGCUCGCAAGCCUGAAGAAACCUGUAGAGAGGAGACAGUGAGAAGCAGUAACAGUUUUCGAGGUGGGAGGAAAAUCCCAGAGGAAUAGUCUGGGUAGGGAUGAAAAGUUUAAUCACGUCGGCCAAGGGGGACUAUUGAACCUGGGCGGUGAAGACGAAAGGGGAGUAAAAGAGCCACUUCGCUCACCUCUAUGAAAAGGGUUUGCACUUGGUAUUUAUGGACAAGGGAAGGGGGGGACCAAAAUGGAGUCAAAAUCCAAAGACAAGCAGUGCAGUUUUUACUUGUUUCUUAUUCAGCUGUAAAUUUAUGUCUUUAAAGCUUUUAGAGUAGAAAAGAGAGAGCAGAAAAACAUAAGGUCGGUCAUAUAAUUUUUGUUUUUUUUAAUUUUUCAAAUUAGAGGCAUGCAUACUGCCUGUGUUCCUCUCUGGACCUGCCGUUAACAGAUUUAUACCAGAAGAUGUGGUUUCAAAAGAAUGUAACCAAUCUUUUGGACUCGCAACUCGUGCUACUACAUAUUCAUGUAAUGUAAAAUGUAUUGUCAAGGUUUGUCCCGUUUAAAAAGUUGACAAUUGGGAUCGCAGAGAAUGUACUGCUCAGUGAAGGUGGUUCUUGAACCUGUAGACAAAGCCAGCGAUAUAUCACAGGACCUUUCUAACUGCUGCCUUUAAUGGCAGAAAGCUUUGUAUUGGGUUUUAUAAGGAGCAUCAAGGAACAGUGGCUCUGUACAAUAGAUAUCACAAUGCUGAUCACCAUUGAUGGGGGCCACUGCAGAUGACCAUUGAUAGCGUUCAGGUGAUCAUGGUCAAUGGUUUCGUCUACAAACGCAACACGAGUUGUCUAAUACCAAGCAAACAUAUGUAACUAGACUUUUGAUGGUCGUACAAAUAUUUCAAGUGGUUAAUAGGGCAGAUAUAUAACUUCUUAAGUUGCCUGAAUUUAGGGUUUUUUACAAAACCCGCAACAAGUUUUGUAUGUGGUUAUCCACCCUUGAAUGUUCCUGUAACCUGCAUUUUUUAUUCUGAUAAGAAAGUAAAAGCUUAUCGUACCAAUGAUGACUUUGCUGAAGAGGUUUUAUUGGAAAACUCAUGUUUAUUACCCCCUUCGGUAUUUGCUUUUGAGUUGAUGAAAUAAAUGUAGCCAUUUUGUACAUAUUUUUCUUCUAAACAGUAAACAAAGUGAAUUAUAUUUGGAGAUCAUGCUGUUGGUUAUUGCCUGAAUCAUCUUUGUACAUUUUUAUGGUCAAUUAAAGAAUGGUUCAAAUCAA